AUGGUUAGUAACUGCAAAUUACUUGAUCAAUUUGAUCCGAAUCCUGUUCAAUACGUUAGAAAAUAUUCUAGACGAUACUCGGAAACAUCAUUACGUUCCUCGCAAAGUGAAGACGAAGAUCGAGAUUUACAAUCACGUUCUCCGAAGAUUUCCUGUCGUUCACCUUACUUCUUGCGUGAAACUCCACGUUACCAACCGAACCCCAAGAGAAUGAAACAAAAUUCAGAAAAGAUGAUAAAUCAACCUGAUGAUUGUUCAAGUUCAAUAGUGAGAGAUGAUAUUAUAAGGAAAAUGUCCAUUUGUUUAUCUUUUUAUGGGAAUUUUGUUCUGAUUCCCGCAGUCGAAAAGACAUUGAAGAAAAUCGAUGGUCAAAGAUUUACUUAUUGGUACGAAAUGAUGGAAUUUAUUGAUUCUUAUGAUUCACCGUCUGCAGAUGAACAUCGAAAGAAAUUAAUUGAUGAAUUAAUGCAAAACAUGCGUGAAUUUGUUGAAAACGAAGGAAUAUCACGUGAAGAUUGGCGCAAAAUGCUAUGUUCAAUACCAGAUGAUGUUAUCGAUAAAUUCGAUUACCGAUUAGAACAAACUAUGUUUGAUGAAAUUCUAAAUCUGGCUGAAAAAAAUCUAUUACCGUUUAAUUUAAAUAAGCCAUUUAUUUCUUUAUUAAAUUCCGCGAAAAAGUAUGUCAAAAAACAUAUUCGAAAAUGA